GUGCGACUGCGAUCUCAUAUACCCGACCGAGGAGGAGGGCCGGACCGAGACGAUCAAGAAAUUAAACGAAGGCCUAUUCACCCAAAAGCUGGAAAAGAUCCUGUCACCUGACUUCAAACCGACCACCAGCUACCACAAGCGCGACCGCGUCGCAAUCAUCUUCGCAAUGCUGGCCAUGGAGCUCGGCGUUAUCAUCGAACCCCGCUACUUAAGUAUGCUCAGGGUUCUUCGACCUUUCCUCACGACCCUCGAGCAGCAGUUGCAGUUCGUCACGGCGCUCGACGAGUACAAGAACGAUGGGACCCCCUGGGAGACGGGCUCGAAGGGCCUUAUCGACACGAGGGAUUCUCUGCAGCGAGGUCCACGCAAGUACGAUCUCGGUGACGAAUUCUGGUAUAGCGGUUUAGGCUUCUCUUCGGACGAGACUCCCGCGUCGGAGAUGGUCAGCAAAGUCUGCAUGCAUUGCGGCGAACGGGAUGUCAACCUUCGAUGCAGUCGUUGUAAGAUGGCUCGUUACUGCAAUGCUACUUGCCAGCGAAUUGACUGGUCUGUUCAUAAGAAAGUUUGCGAAUUCCGUGAGAGUGUCCGCAGAUGCCCCGUCCCUGACCUCAAGCCGGAAUAAACAUUAGGAAUAAAAUUCGACAGCUUUCUUUCGGCUAGCCGAUGAAUUUCGUCUUAUUUUCAUCAGGGGUCAGAUUUGAUAGGGCUAAUCACCUCACAGCCGAUUUCGUAGCCAAUUUCGAUAGAGUUUGGGGAUCUCGGGAGCCAGGAAAGACGUAGUGGGACGUGAAAUAUGCUUUGCAGGAUCUUCUCAAGGUAGCACUGAAGUUCGAGGGAGAUCCCUCGCAGAUAUAUAUGAAUUCAAUGCGUUGUUUUACUGUCUUCUCGAAAUAGACGUUCAUGGGAUUCUGAUUCAUGCAUUCUAAGGAAAGCUGAUGAUCUACAUCCGGGGUUAUCACUAUCGUUCAACCUAAGUUCUAAUAUAGCAGCCGACAAGUAGGUUUAAGCUUUAUUCGAAGGCUAUCGAUGGAUAAGGGGUAGUUAUUAGGCUGUAGUGUAG